AUUGUGAAAAUGCCACCGUGGCCGACAUCGUCUUCCUGUUGGACGGAUCCUCCAGCAUCGACAAGAAGAACUUUGUGAAGGUCAAAGGUUUUCUCAGCAGUGUCAUCAAGGACCUCAACAUCGGCCGGAAAAAGGUUCGUAUCGGCGUGGCUCAGCACAGCGUUGAAACUUCCCGGGAGUUUCUGCUGAAGGAUUACAUGGAUAAGAGAUCCCUGAUGAUCGCAGUUGAAAACAUGUCCUACCAAGAAGGAGGCACAGAAACAGGCAUGGCCAUCGACUACCUCCGGACGGAGUAUUUCACGGAGGAGGCAGGGAGCAGAGCCGGCCAAAGGGUGCCUCAGAUCGCUGUGGUUAUCACGGAUGGAGAGUCCAUGGACGAUGUGAUCGCACCCGCCCAGCGCCUGAGGCAGCAGGGAGUCAUCGUGUUUGGCAUCGGGGUGGGAGCAGCCAACAUGAAGCAGCUCGAGUCCAUCGCCAACCGGCCUCCAGAGCGCUUCCUGUCCUACAUCAGUAACUACGCGGCUCUGAAGACGCUGAAAGACAGUCUGCUAAAAACUGUGUGCGUCUCAGUGGAGGAUCAGACGCAAGCAUUGAAAGACAGGUUUGCAGAUAUCUUCUUCAUGCUGGACGGUAGCAUGGCUCCAGGAAUGGUCCCGGGGGUCAUAUCUGACUUGGUUGAAUUGAUCGAUCGUCUCAAUGCCUCAGUGUCCACCUACCGUAUUGGUUUGGCCCAGUACGGUGAAGAUACCAAGGUCGAAUUCUCCCUUGACAAAUUAAAAAACAAACAGAAAACCAUCGAAAUUGUCAAGCGUUUCCGCCUGCGCCCAAACACCAACAAACCAGCUGACCUGGGCGGUGCCCUGAUCAACGCCAACACUCACCUUUUCAACAGUGAGGCUGGGGGCCGUGCGCAUCAAGGCUCCCGACAGUAUCUGGUUGUUAUGAGUGCAAAAGACUCCAGACGCUCCGUGUAUAAGGACGCUGAAUUGAUCAAAUCAUCGGGGGUAACUCUUAUAGGAAUGAGUGCAGGUGCAAGUAUGGAAUCAAUCGAAUCAUUUGCCAGUACUGACUAUGCAUAUAAUACUUCAAACGUGUUACUUUUGGAGGAUGUCAUCUUGACUGAGAAAAAGGAGAUAAUUACUGAAG